AUGGCUGAAAAUGCUGAAAUCGAGGCGCUUUGUAGUAUUUGGGAAGAUGUGGAAGUCAUAGAGGAUUCUCAGAAGAAAAUCAUAAAGCAUAAAAUUCGCUCUAUGGAGAAUGAGGCGACAUCGGCGUCGAUUCGAAUUCGAAUCGAGAUUUUUGAAGGAUAUCCUGAAGUUGAGCCGAAAAUCGAAUUAUCGAUGGCCAGAGGAAUUAGUGAACGCGAUUUUGAGGAGUUGAAAUUGAAAGUUGUGGAAUGUGUGAAGGAGAGCUUGGGAAUGCCGAUUGUUGAUGUUUUUCAGGUAGAUUUGAGGAUUUUUCCGGCUGAAAAUGAUGAAUUUUCAGUGGAUUUGCUGAAAAAUCUGGAAAUUUCAACCAAAAUUCGAGUUUUGACUGAAAUUUCCUGGUUUCUCAGGUUCCCGGGUGAAUUUUCAUGGGUUUUUCGGAUUCAAAACCUGAAAAAUCAUGAAAAUUCCCCCCAGAACCUAAAUUUUCACGAGAUUCCAUGCCUGAACCUGGAAAAUUCAGCAAAAUCUGGAAUUUUGCGGAAAUUUUCGGGUUCUCGCGCAGGGAAAUCUAUCGUCAAUUUUUUUUGGUCAAAAUCAGGUUCCCGGGUGAAUUUUCAUGGGUUUUCGGAUUUAAAACCUGAAAAAUCAUGAAAAUUCCCCCCAGAACCGAAAUUUUCACGAGAUUCCAUGCCUGAACCUGGAAAAUUCAGUAAAAUAUUGAGUUUUGCUGAAAUUUUCGGGUUCUCGCGCAGGGGAACCUAUCGUCAAUUUUUUUUUGGCCAAAAUCAGGUUCCCGGGUGAAUUUUCAUCGGUUUUUCGGAUUCAAAACCUGAAAAAUCAUGAAAAUUCCCCCCAGAACCUAAAUUUUCACGAGAUUCCAUGCCUGAAUCUGGAAAAUUCAGCAAAAUCUGGAUUUUUGCUGAAAUUUUCAGGUUCUCGCGCAGGGGAACCUAUCGUCAAAUUUUUUUGGCCAAAAUCAGGUUCCCGGGUGAAUUUUCAUGGGUUUAUCGGAUUCAAAACCUGAAAAAUCAUGAAAAUUCCCCCCAGAACCUAAAUUUUCACGAGAUUCCAUGCCUGAAUCUGGAAAUUUCAGCAAAAUCUGGAUUUUUGCUGAAAUUUUCGGGUUCUCGCGCAGGGGAACCUAUCGUCAAUUUUUUUUUCACUAAAAAUCCCAAAUUUCCAGACUUGCUGCGAUUUUCUCACUGAUCGUCAACAUUUUUCCGAUCUCGAUUGCUCAAUUUGCAUUUCUCCGCUCUCAAAUUCCCCAAUUAUCGUAACUUCUUGCGAUCAUUUUCUGCAUUUUUCAUGUUUUUCGAAAUAUUUGCAUUUUUCGAAGACGGAAAUCGUCAAAAAUCUUCAAGAAGCUCAAAAAUACGAUAAAGAUAAAGUUGAUCAGGUGAAUUUUCACACAAUCAGAAAUCCCCAGAAAAAUCGAUAUUUUCCAGCAUUUCUACUGCCCAAUUUGUCGCUAUAAUCUGAGCAAUUCCACAGAAUUCGAGCGGGAAUUUCAGAAAAUUCUGGAAUUCUACAAGAAAAAUCAGAAAACCCUCAAGGCGCCGAGACGAGAUAGUGUGGUGAAUGGAGAGGACGCAGAGAGGAAUCUGAAAAUUUGGCGGGAACAGCAAAAACGAUUGGCGAAAAUAUUUGAAAAACAAAAAUUGGCGGGUGGAAUUAUCGAUAUUGAGGAGGAGAAAAAACGAUUACGAUUGAUUUCUGAGAAUUUUAAUGAAUAA